UAUAAUUUGGUUUUAGAUGUUUUCGGAGGCGAAAUUCUAGGAAAACUCCCCGCAAGCGGCGCAAACAGACCGAGAAUCUGGCCGCUUUCAAGGCUCCUGGGACGAAGGAGAAACUUGUCGGACAUCAAACAUGAGCUCAGCGUGGAGGAGAGAGACUUUUCUACCUGCUUCAGUGACUUUGGUCUUGUAAGAUGUUUGUUUUCGGAGUGUUUCGAGGCUCAAUGUCGGCGGAGAAAACACAAAGUGGAGCCGCUUUUCGAGGCGGCAGCAGAGCAGCGGGCUGCGUUGUCUCUUCACGGUUCUCAUGUGUGUUAUAAGUCCCGCCUCCCGCUCUGAGCUCCACAAGUUCCGAGGAACGAAACAGCCCGACAGACAUGGCAGAGGAAGCUCCAGCAGCCGCGCCGGCUAAGGCUCCGGCCAAAGCCCCGAAGAAGAAGUCCGCUCCCCGGGCCAAGCAGGACGGACCCAGCCUCCCGAAACUGAUCGUGGCCGCCGUGGCCGAGUCCAAGGAGCGCAAGGGGAUGUCCCUGGCGGCCCUCAAGAAGGUGCUGGCCGGGAAAGGAGUGGACGUGAGCAAGGCCAACAAGCGCAUCAACACCGCCGUCACCAAGCUGGUCACCAAAGGGACCCUGAGCCAGACUAAGGGCACGGGGGCCUCCGGCUCCUUCAAGCUCGCCAAGGAGCCCAAAGCCGCUAAACCGGAAAAGAAGGUGGUGAAGAAGGCUCCCGUCAAGGCCAAGAAGCCCGCCGCCAAGAAGAGCGCAGCGGCCAAGAAACCCGCCGCCAAGAAACCCGCAGCAGCGGCGGCAGCAGCAGCCAAGAAGUCCCCGAAGAAGGCUCCGGCCAAGAAAGCGGCCAAGAAGCCCGCCAAGAGCCCCAAGAAGGCCGCGGCCAAGAAACCCAAGGCCGCCGCCGUCAAGAAGCCCAAAGCCGCAGCCAAGAAAAGUCCAGCAAAGAAACCUGCAGCCAAGAAGGCCGCAGCGAAGAAGGCCAAGAAAUAAACAGCAGCUUCAGCUUUUUACUCACCAAAGGCUCUUUUAAGAGCCAACACACAUUCUGCUGAAGAGCUCGUCCUUUACUUUGACUGACCCCACAUUCUACUUCAUACACGCAGCU